GCCAGUGACGCGGGAGCCGCUGCUGCCGCCGCUGCCGCCGCCGCCGCCGCGUUCCAUUCUCCUAAGCCGGCGACAGCCUCGCCCCCCGCCUCCCGCCGCCUCCUCCUGCAGCGCCGGCCAGCGCUAGCCAGACAAGGGCAAGCAGGGCCUCGCCUAGACCCGAGAGGGUUGCGGGCGCGCGCAGGCGGCAGAGCGGAUCCCGGCGCCGCGGAAGCUUCGAGCGCCCCCCUCGCGGAGGUCGCCGCGCGGUUCCCGGGAUAAAAGAUGUGCCAUGGCAGGAUAGCACCAAAGAGCACCGCAGCGUUGGCCGUGGCCUCCGCGGGACAUGGAGUGUUCCUUCCACUGGUGAUCCUUAGCACCCUCCUUGGAGACAGCCUUGCCUCAGUGUGCUCCCUGCCCCCGGAGCCAGAGAAUGGCGGCUACAUCUGCCACCCCCGGCCUUGCAGAGACCCCCUGAACGCGGGCAGCGUCAUUGAGUACCUGUGUGCCGAAGGCUACAUGUUGAAGGGCGAUUACAAGUACCUGACCUGUAAGAAUGGAGAGUGGAAGCCAGCCAUGGAGAUCAGCUGUCGUCUCAACGAGGACAAAGAUGCCCACACGUCCCUCGGGGUCCCCACGCUGUCCAUAGUGGCUUCCACUGCCAGCUCCGUGGCACUCAUUCUCCUCCUUGUGGUGCUGUUUGUGUUGCUGCAGCCCAAGCUGAAGUCGUUCCAUCACAGCAGGCGCGACCAGGGGAUAUCUGGCGACCAGGUGUCCAUCAUGGUGGAUGGAGUCCAGGUUGCACUCCCGUCCUAUGAGGAAGCUGUGUAUGGCAGUUCUGGUCACUGUGUGCCACCUGCUGACCCCAGGGUGCAGAUCGUGCUGUCAGAAGGGUCUGGGCCCAGUGGGAGGAACGGGCCAAGGGAGCAGCAGUUGCAGGACCAGGGGGCCUGUUCCUCUGCAGGUGGAGAGGAGGAGGCCCCAGGCCAGUCUGGACUAUGUGAAGCCUGGGGCCCUCAGAGCUCAGAAACAGUGAUGGUGCAUCAGGCAACCACCUCUUCCUGGGUGGCCGGCUCAGGGAACAGCCAAGUGGCAUACAAAGAAGCCCCAGAUUCGGAGAACAGUGACAUACAAAGCCUUUUAUCCCUCGCAUCGGAGGACUACACAGAUGAUAUCCCACUGUUGAAAGAAGCAUGAGCGCUGUCACGGGCCUCUCCUCUCUGCAACGGUCCUCUUGUCCUUCUGCCCUCUCCUGGGGUUUUGAGCGCCCUGUACUCCAGCCACCCUACCCGGAUACCUGAGCUGCCACCUGUGUAUCUGUGUAUCUCUGUAUGUCUGAGGGCCUCCAGGCCCGCCUUGCUGGAAACUCGAGGAAGAGUCUCGCCAUCUGCCUGCUGGACAGCUGGAGGAACUGGCCUUUUGCCUAGCCUGGCCUUCCCAUCUGUGUCGGGGACAUAUUUGAAUGUGUUGGACUGAGCUCUUCCUUUCCCAGGGCCCUCUGGGUCCCCCCCCAGCCAGCUCUCUGGCGGCAGACCCCACCAGCCUGCGCGGGCCCGAGAGCCGCUGUGUUUACUUGUGCCUUCCCCCCAGCCCCUCCAGUUCCCCUGUCAGGCGGGCUCGUGGCUGUCCUGCAAGCCUUAGUGGCUGCCCCACGGCCUCUGCCACACAGGGGGCUGGGACUGGGGCUGGGGCUGGCCUCUUACCUCGGAGGGCUGGCACCGCUGCCCUUAGCAGGGGCAGAUCCAAGGGUGGCUCUACUUAGGGCAAGAAUGUGGGUCCCUGGGCCUGCCCUUAGUUGACACCGGUGGCACGUUUCUUUGGCUGAGGAUGGAGGAUGUGGGGAAAGCCAUGCCAAAGCUAUGCCAGCACCCAGCUGUCCGGCUCCGAGGUGCUGGCUCCUGGCCCUGUUGAGUUCCCAAGAAGCACGGAGAAGAUCCUGAGGGAGGGAAGGAAGGUGGCUGAUGACGGUUGUCUUCCUGAAAUGCGAGUCCUCACUUCCACAUUCAGCACUGGCCUUCCCGGCCGUGGUUUUCUCUGUUUCACUGGAGCGUGAGGGGAGGUGGCCUGCUGCCUCCUGGGUUGGAUCCUUGGCAACCUCCGCUUGCUUGCUGCCCACAGGGCCCAAGGUGAAUCACCGCUGGAACGGGAGAGUUGCUGAGGUGCCGCGGAAUGCCCAAGUGGCCGCUGGCAUUCGGGGCAGGUUGCCCCGUUCUGGGUUCGUGGUGACGCAAGGGAGCCUGAGAGGCACAGACCGAGUCCCCAGGCAGCUGCAGGCGGCUCCAGCCCCGGUCCUGAGGGUCCUCGUCACCACAGUCACGUGCCUUAGUAAUUGCGCCCGGAAGCGUGCUGCUGCUCGCGCACCGCUGCUUUUCCUCCUCGUGUUUCCCCUGCCACCCUUCCACAUGUCACAGCGGACACAGGACUCCCUGCUCCCCCCUGGCACCUGGGUGAGGGGCUGACAGCCCUCGACACCCCACCUCGCUGGUCUGCGGUGGGUGAAAGCUCGCCAAGCAGCCUGGCCCUGGAGCCCUGCCGUCGAAGGGGGUGGGCUCUGCGCUCCCCGCUGCUCUUUGGGGGGCUCUCACUCUGCCACCUGUGGGUGCUGACCAAGGCUGGGGUGGCAGGGCUCAGCCAGGCUACUGCCAUCGUCAAAAGAUGUGGCAUUGAGGAAUGCUUAUUUCUGUUUUGUUUUUGAAGCACUGGGGCUGGGAGACUUGUCGCUGACCCCGCCGGCACCUCUGCUCCUCCCCAGGCCGCUCCGUUUGGGGUGGUGAGAACAAUAAAGAACCCAGUUUAUUUUCAGUACCUGACCUAACAGGGUAGCUCCAGGCGUGGGCGGCCACCAGGUUAGGGGAAUGGCCUCCUCUCGGCCUCCUGCGUUACUCUCUCACGCACUUUACCGCCCGCUCCUUCCCAGCCUCCUGGCACCACUGUAGGGUUCCUUCGCUCAGGGUAAGGGCAGUGCCUGCUGGGCCUGCGGGCAACCCCCUUCCUCCCUCCAGGAGCCGGCUGGUUCCAUAUGGAGCAGGUUGGCGGAGAUGCUGGAACGCAAGCCUCCGAGGGACCUGCAGACGACCGGGGGGCCUGGCCUUGGCCUCCGAAGAGGCCGUUGCCGGAGCCGUGCCUCCAGCAGUCGCUAGCACUGGGCCCAUCUGGAGGGUGGGGUCCCUAUGGACCCGAGUUGCCUCUUCAUGCACGGAGGGGUGCCCUUGUCUUCCUCCAGAAAAGAAAGCAGGGACAAAUGGUGGAGGGAUCCAAAGUCUCACUGUUGGGCUUGCAGCCUAGAAUAUUUUUUAAAAUGGAAAAUCUUACCCUUUUUUUAUACCAUUACUCUGGGUUUUCCCCCCUAAGAGACUGCACUAUUUGUUUUGGGUUUGUUCAGCCACAUAGGUGACCGGCUUAGCCCUUGGGAAAAAAAAAAAUGAAAAGCCUUUCUUCUGAAGCCUUCCACCUCGCCCGCCAUUAACACCAUCCUGGGGAUCACAAGCCCAGACUUGCCUACCUGGUAGGAAAGAAAGUCUGGAUAAGUGGGAACUUAGUGCACACACACUCCCUUACCCCCUCUCUCGCCUCCCCUGCGUCAUUGGCUUUGCUGAGGCCCCCCUCCCACGUCCCUGUCCCGGGAGCCCCUGGGCCUCCCACUCACCUCGCACUUCUCUGGAGCAGUUUCUUAGCCAUCAGCCAGGUGCUGCUCUUUCUAGGGCUUCUGGGCUUUGUCCCUUUUAAGGGAUUAGGGACUCCACAGCUGCCCUGCGGUGGAGCCCGGCGGGAGACAAGGGCCGUGGCAGGGAGCAGGUCAUUAGGCGGGAGGCUGCCAAAGGAGGCUGCCAAAGGAGGCUAGAGCAGGUGGGAGAAACGCCCAGGGCCUGGCUUUCCAAGGCUCACCUCUAGCGGAGUCCAGCAGAGGGCUUGUCCAGGAGAAUGGCCCGAACCAAAGGACUAAAAGUGUCUUUUUGCACACAUGAGCUGACUCAGUGCAGGUUUUAUAUUCUGGUGACUUGCAGUCACAUGCCAGCGACUUUCAAGGGCCAGUAUGUGGUGAAAAUCGCUGAAGAUUUCUGUCCCUUUCAAUGCCUUAGUUUAGCAGAUAGGCUCUCUGUUUUGCUAUUUCUGAAUUUUGUGUGCUGUGUUCCUGUUUCACUUGUGUGAACUGUGAAAUGGGCUGAAUCCUAGCCACUUUGCAAGUUCUUUUGGCUUUACAAGGCAUUUCAAUGUGCAUUCUACUAACACUCCAUUUGCAAACAGAACUUAAGCUCAUGUUGUCUUCCCCAUUCAUCCCUUCCCCCUCCCCCUCUCCCCUCCCCCCCCCCCCCAGCUUUCAAGUUCUUUGGAGAAGCCUGAUGGCAAGACAGACAAAGGUAGACUUUUCCUGCUUCUUUAGUGCUGGCACAGGGAUCCCCAGGCGCUCGGCCCCUCCCCUCCCGGUUCUGCCUGAGCUCUCGAACCACCUGCUUGCCACACAGCAGUGUCUCUUCCGUUUGCAGGGAACACCGUCACAUAGAAAAUGGGAUAUGCUGCAAACACUUCUACAUCCUUGCCUUUCUUUCCUCCUUAAAAGAGAAUAAAGGACCCAGAAGGGAAGUGGUACACAGGCUUUACAGUGUAAUUCCGGAUGUGCUUGCUGAGGACAGUGAUGCUGGGGGCUUCUCUCGGGGGUUGCUGCUUGGGGCCCUGGCUCUCAGUAGAGGGCCAGUCGCUCCCGGUGCCCGGGGAGGGGCUGAAAGAGAUUUUGCUUGGCAGAAGCAUGGACCGAGUGGUAGAGUAGCUGGUUCCCUGGACAGGGAAAGGCAGCAGGCUCAGCUUUGCUGGGAAGCAGCUCCUCUUAAUCUCCAGUUGAAAACCUAAUAGAAUUUUGAAUGAAAACUCCCAGGUUGAGCCCUCUGUCGGGCAGCAGAGCUAACUGGAGGGCAUGUAGGGGCCAAGCACUCAGAUUGCCAAGCAGGAGGGGAGAUGGACUCGGGUUGCAUGGCAGCCCACCACACCCUGCCCUGGCUUCUUAUCACACCACUAUGGAAUCCUUUGCAGAAUGGUACUCCUAUAUAAUGGUUUCAAACGACACAUGCAUCAUUGACUCUGUGCAGGAUGUCACUCAAUCAGUUUGGGUUUGCUUUAUUUUAUAUAUAUAUUUUUUGGUAUCCUGUACAUUGCAGUGGGUGUGAAGAUAGUAUUUUAAUAUUUGUACAAAGUUUAAUUUAAUUUUAAUUGUUCUAUGUAUAUAACUGCAUUUCUAAAUA